AUGAGUGACAACCAAAACAAUCCGAAUGCGGGAAAUGCGAAACAGACGGGAUGGGCUGCGAUGAUGUCCAAUAUGAGCCUGUCUACUGAAGCAGGGCAAGCACCGGAAGCAGGUAGCGCAUCCACGGGAAAAACUCCAGCAAACCAAGCAAACCCAGCACCUAGUGGAACAGGGCAGGCACCGGCAGCAGGCAGCUCAUCCACGGGAGAAGCUCCAGCAAACGCAUCAAACGCACCACCUUCCGUAGGCCGAUACAUUCCCCCACAAUUGAGGACUGAGCCGUCAGUUGGGGCGGCAAAGCAACCAGCUGAACCGCCUCAACCAGCGCCAGAUCCACUGGAUCGACCCAUGGCUCAGCCACCAAACCAACGAACAACAGAUGGCCGACGCGUUUUUCGAGGAAUUAGACAACCGUUCCCACGGCCUAGGGUACCCAUAGUAAGCACCGCGGAUCUCACAGAAGAAGCAGCCUUACAAUUAAGGAACAGAAUCCAGGCAAAAGGGGUGUGGUAUCAUCCUUCCCUGUCGCUUAGAAGUCGCUUUUACACCCGCAACCCAUGCGACAGAACGCUAGGGUCUAACGGCGACGAUAGAGAGCAGCUCGACGCCGUGAUAGUGAUCAGAGACAUAGGGAAUAGAAACCGGGAACAGCUGACAGCACAUGUCAUGGAUGAGAUCGGGAAGAUGGAAGAGUUUGCUUCAGAAGGGCUCCCGUUAGGCGAGCCUGCCAAUGUAAAGAUCCAGACGAACCCUGAGGGCAGGUUGUUUCUCCAGGACUACGACGAUCUCAUCCAAGAAUUGCAAGAGAUGGAGCGCAGGAUGAAGAUGCAUGGGUUGGCCGACGAGGCGAUCAAGAUCUGGAACGUCAUGUGCGAGGCGCAGGGCUGGGACCCCAAAACCAUUCAAGACAGGGGCCUCAGCAGGGAGUUCUUCCACGGCCUGACCACCCAGUACAGCUCGCGAAUCCGGCACAUGAGGGAGCAGCGUCGGGCGACCGAUGAGUCGAUCCCCGAAGACGAUGAGCAGAUCCGGCUGUUCAUCCAGCGGUUCAACGUCAUCCUUCAUUCGCCAUGCUUCACCCUGGAUCUGCGCGCGGCAGAGUAUUUCGCCAACUGGGCGGAGAGCCUGGUCGGUGACGACAACUUCUUUGGAUGGGGCACCAAUCCCCGGCUCAGGCCACGAACUGUGAUAUUAAUGUUUGAAGGCACUUAUAUGAUGCCGUUUGACAAGGCACAGAUAUUGAAGGCCGACCCCUUCUACGCCGGCGACAUCGAGGUAAUCGACAGCUGGCUAAGCUACCGGUACCAGCACGACCGACUGAACCCGACGCGAAGGGAAGAGACGGACGAGAUCCACAGGAACCGGUACAUGCCCUGGCUCAACGCGCUGAUCGCCGUGGUGCGCCCGGUCCGCGAGCUCACCGGGGAGCGGCUGGAGGAGUACCGGACGGCGGAGACGAUGCGGCGGGCGUUCGUCGCCUGGAUGGACGCGAACCGGCAGCACCAGUGGACGGGGACGGGGCGGUGGUGCCGGUCGGUGGUGCACAUGUCGACGAACCCGGACAACGCGGCGCGGCAGACGCUGCGGCGCCGCCAGGGCUCGGGCUGGUACUGCCCCUUCCACAAGCAGAUCGUGCGGUGCAACGGGUGCGGCUGGCAGUACCGCUGCGUCAUGUGCGCGCACCCGCACACGUGCCCGUCCUGCAAGAUGCCCUUCUUCUGCGUCGACUGCGGCGCGCGCUCCUUCGACGCCAGCACCAACCGCGCGUCCUACAUGUACACCCUGCUCGAGGCCGACAUGGCGGCGGGCCGAGUCCGCGACGGCACGGUCGUCACGCCCGUCCGCCACGACAGCCUCACGUACGCGCACACCCUCAACGGCCGCAGCCCCUACAUCGAGCGCUCGCCGCCGCACGGCGGGUUCUCCGACGGCCGCCAGGCCACGCACAUACCGAACAACCACCGCAAGUUCGACCAGUUCACCAACCUAUAUUCGGUGCUCGAGGUCGAGGGCGCCACCGACACCGAGGACGAAGACGGCAACGGUAGCGGGAACGAUGGUGGCGGUGGCGGUGAUGGUGAUGGUGCUGGCAGCCCCGUCGUCGACAAUGAUGACGACGAGAACCCCGCGAACAAGUCUGCCGCCGCCGCCCAGGCGUUCCUCUCCUACGAUGGCGAGGACGAUGGCGACAGCGACUGGUGGGCGGGCGAGGAGUUUCAGAGCUGGCACGCGGACGAGGACUACGAGAGCUACCGCCGGCAGCAGUGCGAGAAGGGCAACCACCAUUAUGCGCCACUUCCCCACCACCAGCAUCAGCAUCAGCACGAGGAGCAGCAGCAUCACCACCACAAUCACGAGGAGCACCAGCAACAGUCGCCCCCAGAGAUAACCAUCACCUCCGCGACCCCCCAGCCACCGAAACACCUAUUCCACGACCUCGAGCCUCGGCAGCCGACGCCCAUGCCCGUCUCCGGCGCGCACCUGGACCCGCACUGGCGGUCGCAGGCGGACCUGCUGGAGGACAUGGUGCGCAGGCGGGGGCCGUCGGCGCUGGGGCGGAUCGUGGAGGAAGGGCCGAGGAAGCGGAAGGCGGAUGGGGAUGACGAUGACGAGGAGGAGGAGUGGCAGAGGAGACGGAUGAAGCGGAUGAGGGAUUAUUGGCAUUUGGGGUGA